UUCAUUGUUUCGACACACCUAAUACAAUAUGCAUGUUAAAAUACUGUAACUCAGCCAGCUGAAGUUGUUAAAUAGCGGUAAAGCGAAUAUUGCCUCAGAGAGGUGGAUAGGUCUGUUUAGGCGUCUUCUAAACCAAGUGAAAAGACGAUUCUGUGUACAAACGUUUUCCCCUCGGAAGUGUGUCAAUGGUAUAGUCCACAUAUAAAUACCGAGGUUACGCCGCACAUGCUUGCAGACAUUUAUGUGGAGCGGAGGGAAGUGGUGGCGUGUGAAGUUGUGUUAGCUGUGGGGCAGCUUUAGAGGGCACAAAACAUCCAAAGGGGCAAUUAUACGACAUUAGGUGGUCUGUGGUAACGUCAGACACGAGACAAUUUGGUCGCUCCCGUAGGGAAACCUUAUUGCUGUAAGAGGUGCUGACCUCGCCUCGCCACUAGGGGCAGCAUUGCGCUGAUCGGAAGAUACUUGACCUAAAUUGUGGAGGCAUUUGUGCCUUGACUCUUGAUAUUGUCCCCUGUGUGUCAGGACAUCAGUGUCCCGGAGCCUGAGAGCUCCACGUUGCAUGCAGUGCACGGUCAUAGAGUAAUGCUUUGUGCUGCUCAUAGAUCACCAUGAACAUGCUAAACGACUCACACGUGUCCAUAAAAGACAUUAAGACCGGACAGAAAAAUUUAAAUGUCAUCUUUAUUGUCCUGGAAAUAGGCAGAGUCACAAAAACUAAAGAUGGGCAUGAAGUGAGGUCCUGCAAAGUGGCAGAUAAAACGGGCAGCAUCACAGUCUCAGUGUGGGAUGAAAUUGGAAGCCUUAUACAGCCAGGAGACAUAAUUCGUUUAACAAGAGGGUAUGCAUCAAUGUGGAAAGGAUGUCUAACACUGUACAGUGGAAGAGGAGGGGAACUUCAGAAAAUAGGAGAAUUUUGUAUGGUGUAUUCAGAAGUGCCAAACUUUAGUGAACCAAAUCCAGACUUUGCCAACUCACAACAGAAAGCAAAUCCAAAUAAAGCUGUACAUAUGGAUCAAAGCAAUAAUUCCCCACCCAACGCAGGUAACGGACCACAGUCUGUGCCAGGAUCCGCAAACUCCUUCCCUAAUCAUGCACCUUCCUAUAGUAGUAAUGGUAGAACAAAUGGACGAGGACCUGUAAACCAACAAAUAACUGUUCCACUACCUAAUCCUGCUCCGCAAACCGCUGCCACCAUAAGCAAUGGAAGAGACCCAAGAAAAGCAAAGAGAUGACAUGUAUAUGCCUUCUGUGUAGCCUACUAAAUGACACACCAUACUUUAAGGAGUACUCCAGCCUUGAAAAACGUAUUCCCUAUCCUAGGGAUAUGGGGUAAGUUUCAGAUCGCAGGGGGUCCGACCGCUGGGCGCCCCCCCCCCCCCCCCGCGAUCUCCCGUACGGG